ACCGCUAGGAAGAGGCACUGGGUCUCCCGGACCAGAGGAAGAUGGCGUCGCGGGGGGACGGACCCGGGCUGCGCGGGCUCCUGGCGCCGCCGCUGCUGCUGCUGUUGCUGCCUCCGCUGCUCGCGCCCUGGCCGGCGGCGGGCCACGGCGGCAAGUACUCGCGGGAGAAGAACGAGCCCGAGCGGCCCUCGCAGCGCGAGCCCGCGGCGGAGUUCCGCAUGGAGAAGCUGAACCAGCUGUGGGACAAGGCCCAGCGGCUGCAGCUCUCCCCCGUGGACCUGUCCGAGCUCCACGCCGACCUGAAGAUCCAGGAGAGGGAUGAGUUCGCCUGGAAGAAGCUGAAGGCCGAAGGCUUGGAUGAGGACGGGGAGAAGGAAGCGAAGCUUAUCCGCAACCUCAACGUCAUCCUGGCCAAGUACCGGCUGGACGGCCGGAAGGACGCCCGGGCCCUCCGCAGCAACUCGCUCGCCGAGGGCCCCGAGCAGGACAGCCUGGAGGACCCCCGGCUGGAGAAGCUGUGGCACAAGGCGAAGACCUCCGGGAAGUUCUCCAGGGACGAGCUGGACAAGCUGUGGCGGGAGUUCCAGCACCAUCGGGAGAAGGUGCGCGAGUACAACGUCCUGCUGGAGACGCUGAGCAGGACCGAAGAGAUCCAGGAGAACGCCAUCAGCCCCUCGGACAUGCGCCGCCCGCAGGAGGAGGUGCUGCAGAGCCGGCAUGCGGAUCUCAAGGACCGGCUGCGGCGCAUCAGCCAGGGCUACGACCGGCUGCGGAGAGUCAGCCACCAGGGCUACGGCGCCGAGGCCGAGUUCGAGGAGCCGCGGGUGAUCGACCUGUGGGACCUGGCCCGGUCCGCCAACUUCUCGGAGAAGGAGCUGGAGGCCUUUCGGGAGGAGCUGAAGCACUUUGAAGUGAAGAUUGAGAAGCACAACCACUACCAGAAGCAGCUGGAGAUUUCGCACCAGAAGCUGCGGCACGUGGAGCGGUUUGGUGACCACGAGCACGUGAGCCGGAACAAGGAGCGCUACGCCAUGCUGGAGGAGAAGACCAAGGAGCUGGGCUACAAGGUGAAGAAGCACCUGCAGGACCUGUCGGGCCGCAUCUCCCGGGCGCGCCACAACGAGCUCUGAGGACCGGGGUGGCGUCUGCGUGAGCGGGACCUGGGACCGCGUGGCCGUGCCCAGCAGGGCGGUGGCCUCAGACGCCGCUGCCCCGCACCGAGCGCUGAUUCGCCUGCAGCGUCACACCGCGGGACCCCCAACCCUGCCGCGGGAACCCGGCUGGAAGCCCCGUGCGGAGAUUGUAUUUAAUUCGUCCGUGACUGCCACUCGCUCCCUGUCUCACUGUGUCUGCCGCUCGGCCUCGGCCCACGGUGGCUCCGGGCACUGCCAGCUGGAAGUCCCCUCCCCUCCCCACCCCCACGCCCCGUCUUCCCUGAUGCAUGAGAGGAGGGAGGGGCGGCUUGGGGGUGAUUCUCAGCCCUGUGGGCACCCCGCGGGGAGGAGCCUCGGGUGGUCUAAGGGGCACCUCCCCAGGUUGGCACCUGGAAGAAGCUCGGCCAUCAGACACUCAUCCCUUGUUGGAAGGAACCCCGGGCAGCGUGCUAGUGUUAGUGGGGUUGGGGUGCCGGGAGGGGCCCCGCAGCCACUGGGUCCCCGGCAGGGCAGCCUUCCUGCUGGGCUCCACGGCAUGUCUGCACUGGCCACUGCCAGGCCUCGGGCAGGGCUGGGGCUGCCCGCUGAGGUCAGGGCCAGGGGCCCAGAGCCGUGCCCUGUGCCUGGCCAGUAAGAGGCCUGGGACGAGUCUGGGCCCGGGACAUGGAGGUGAGCAGAGGGGUCAUGGGACUCAGUUUACCUGAGUUGUUGACAGCCUGGCCUUCAGAUCGUGUGGGUGGUGGUUCCUGCUCCCGGAGGAGAUGGCUGAGGUGGGGGGGAGGGGCCGUCACGGGGCGUGCACAGACCGCCUCCAGUGUGCUGUCCAGGGAGUGGGGCCCACCCCAGGACCCCCCACGCUCCUAUAGCUAGCCACUUGGCUUGUGACCCCCACGCUCAGCUACCAAGCCCAGCCCCCCCCAGCGUGUGGGAUCUGGGUGGGCCCUGGGGGGUGGUUGGGUCCGAGGGGGGAGCCCCACUCGGGGGAGUGCCUCUUCCUGCUGAACGAGGUGGUGGCUUUCCGGACACCAGGUCCGUCUGCUCCUCGUCUUGGACUUCCCACCCCCGGGACAAAUAAAGGCUUAAGCCACC